AUGGAAGAAAUGUGCCAAAGGGUUAUCUUUAAGAUAACAUAUGACGUUACUUCUAUUGGAAUUUUGAAGAAAAACCAUUUUGGGAGAAACGCUGCAGUAUUGUCCACAACGACUCACCAUCCUCAUCACACUAAACCGCAUGCGCACCAUAUUGUCAACGAAGGCCUUGCAUUUCAUUACGAUCAUACAACGCACAUUGUAGCAUUAAAAAUAAAUGGUCGCCACCACUGUUACCUCUAUGUGUUAUCGGCCAUUGAACAGCAAAGCGUCCAUACAAGUACUGGACUUCACGCUAUUGAGAAAAAUAUGAUAGACCUUGUGGAUUCACAUACAUCGACUGCAACAUUCACUGCCCAAGAUCUCAACCAACUGAGUCACAAUCUACAUCAGUUUUGUGGGCAAGGCUCGGCACUCAAACUUAACUAA